UCUAGAGACUUGGUUCCUUUUGAACUGCAGUACUAACCGCUUUUUCUUUCACAGCCGCCGCUCGUACUCCACCGACACCGCCACUCACAAUUCGACCGUUAUUCUGAAUUAUCGUUGAACAAACUGUCUGUAACAAAACCCUGUUGCACAUACCUUCAGUAGACACCAUGGUGCAAGAGAGAAGGAGGAAUCGACCGAACAUAUUGAUAACUGGAACACCAGGAACAGGAAAAACGACGACAUCGACUGCUUUAUUAGAGUCAACACAGCUUCGCCACAUAAACAUCGGGGAUUUGGUAAGAGAAAAAAAAUUACAUGACGGCUGGGAUGAUGAGCUCGAGUGCCACAUCAUCAAUGAAGACCUGGUGUGUGAUGAACUUGAGGAUUUAAUGGAAGAAGGUGGUAAUAUUGUGGAUUACCAUGGAUGUGAUUUCUUUCCUGAGCGAUGGUUUGAUCGUAUUGUUGUGCUUCAAACUGAAAAUUCUGUUUUGUAUGAUCGUUUGACUAGGAGAGGUUACUCUGGGGCUAAGCUUUCCAACAAUAUUGAAUGUGAAAUCUUUCAAGUUUUGCUGGAGGAGGCAAAAGAAAGUUAUCCAGAGGAUACUGUCGUGGCUUUGAAGAGCAAUACCAUUGAGGAUAUCACUACAAAUGUUGCAACUUUGACAGAUUGGGUCAGGAAUUGGCAACCAAGUUCCUAGAGAAUGCAGUACAAAUAUGCUCUUCUUUUUAUGUUUGUGUUUGUUUACCUUUUGGAUGUACUAGUAAAUCUUUUAAGUCUACUUGAAAUAGUUUUAUGCAUAAUGUAGAAUUCUCAAAGUAGUUUUUCUGUUUUA